AUUCUUAUCAUCUUAAUUUUCUCGGGUACUGCAACCUUCAGCGUCGGAUGCACGUGUAAUUCCUAACGUAUUCCACGAUUCCUACGAUCGAAUUGCCAAUUCCCCAUACGAAUUUCAUACCCGACGAAUUCGUUGCUAAUGCUGGUCCUUUGUCGUCGCUACGCUUUGCUCCAUGAACGUUCGCGACCCGUUCGGUCUCCAUCGAAAGAGUGCUCUCUCCAUCCUUAAAACCACCGCAUCGCGAGCUGCUGUCGACCUCACCGAACGCGCCGUCGAGGCCAGUAUUAAUGCUAUCGAGAAAGGCAAACAAGCCGUUGACGAUUUUGACAUGUCAUUUACCGUUCCUAAAAAUGUUCCUUCUUUUGGAAACCCGCAGAGGAUAGUGGAGGACCACGUUUGGGGCAAUACAGCGGUUACCGCUCGAGGUGGAAGAGCCUCGCAUCCCAACAACAACAACAACAACAGGAACUCGGGAAUACUUCGGGGUGUACAAGAUCGAGUUGGCGGCCUCUUCGACGAUCGAAACGGCCUCCCCAUGUACAAAGACAAGCCAUACGCAUAUCCGCCCUCUCAACGAGCCAGGCCCCUCUGGCGAAGAAAGCGGAUACUUGGACCUAUAUUCCUGAUAAUAUUUAUAUUGUACUAUUUUGGCGCUUUCGGCCGCCACCAUGAGACCGCUGUAUCUUCGAAACCUAUAUGGAGUUGGCUUACGGCAGGUUCCGAGUCAGGGAAGAAUGCUGAUUGGCCUGGGAGGAGGGAACGUGUUGUUGAAGCCUUUACGUUAAGCUGGGACGCUUACGACAGAUACGCUUGGGGUUAUGAUGAAUUUCACCCGGUCUCCAAGAAGGGUAAGCAGAUGGCCCCGCAAGGGAUGGGUUGGAUCAUUGUGGACGCGUUAGAUACCAUGAUUUUGAUGAACCUUACCUCCCGAGUCGCCCACGCGAGGCAGUGGAUUUCAAAUACGCUCUCCUACGAUCAGGAUCAAGAUGUCAGCACUUUCGAGACGACUAUACGUAUGUUAGGUGGUCUCUUGUCGGCUCACUAUCUGUCCAACGAGUUUCCUACUCUGGCGCCGCUAAACGAGGAUGAUCCUGGUGCACCUGGAGAGGACCUUUAUCUAGAGAAGGCAAAGGAUCUGGCUGAUAGGCUUGUGUCCGCCUUCGACUCGCCGUCUGGUGUUCCCUAUGCGAGUGUAAACCUUGCUAAGUACGAAGGUAUACCAGCUCACGACGAAGGCGGCGCAUCAUCCACUGCUGAAACAACCACCUUGCAGCUUGAGUUUAAAUACCUUGCCAAGUUGACUGGCGAGAAGUACUUCUGGGACAAGGCUGAGAAGGUAAUGCAGGUCGUUGAUGAUAAUGGGGCCAAGGAUGGGCUAGUACCUAUCUAUGUUCAAGCAAGUGACGGUGCUUUUAGAGGCCACAACAUUCGAUUGGGAAGUCGGGGAGAUUCUUAUUAUGAGUACCUCAUCAAGCAGUACCUGCAGACAAAUAAGCAGGAACCCAUCUAUUUGGAGAUGUGGGAUGAGACUUUACAAGGUGUCCGCAAGCAUCUUGUUACAUACACAGAACCCUCCGGGUUUACUAUCAUCGGAGAGAAACCCGACGGUUUAGAGGGUAAUCUGUCCCCUAAGAUGGACCACCUGGUUUGCUUCAUGCCAGGCACAAUUGCCCUGGCCGCCACUGGCGGUUUGACAGAAGCAGAAGCCAAGAAACUACCCACAUGGACGAAGAAGAACGAGGCCGAUAUGAAGCUUGCAAGGGAGUUGAUGCAGACAUGUUGGGGUAUGUAUAAGUGGAUGGCCACGGGACUGGCCGCAGAAAUCACCUACUUCAACAUCGCCAGUCCGCCUCUCCCUGAAUCCGCUCCACACCAUCCUCCUGCCGAGUUUGACGAAGACCCUAACGCGACAUGGCGGAAAGACUACAACGUCCACGCCAUGGAUGUCCACAAUUUACAGCGGCCGGAGACGGUAGAAAGUCUCUUCUACAUGUGGAGAAUUACCGGAGACAUUAAGUAUCGUGAAUGGGGUUGGGAGAUGUUUAAAUCAUUUAUGAACCAUACUGCUGUCCAGGAUGGCGGUGGGUUCUCAAGUCUUUCGAAUGCGAAUAAAGCGCCUCCAGUAUUACGUGAUAACAUGGAGAGCUUUUGGCUAGCGGAGACAUUGAAAUACUUCUAUCUCCUCUUCUCACCAGACGACCUUCUUCCCUUGGAUAAGAUUGUCAUUAACACGGAGGCGCACCCGCUCCCGCGGUUUGACAUGGGCCAAUUAUUUUCGACAGGCUGGAAGCGAAAGCCAAGGGAUGCGGAUGGGAAAAUAAUUAAAUGAAAUACGUACAGCGAGCUACUGAUUUAGCAUUUACGGACGUGCAUUGCAUAUAUUACCAUGAACUAUUUUUGUUUUUAAAAGCAUCAUUGGCGUAGUAAAUGUAAUAUUUUUAAGGGACUUCAAUGUUGUUGUUGUUUUACGUUUGCUGCAUGUUCAUUU